GAAUUCAAUUAGCCGGCUCAAGCAGGCUGGCCGGCAAUGUUAUUGUAGUGAAAUCUUCAAUAUACCAAUAGCAUGCAAACCACAGUGUAUAUAUAUAGAUAACACUAAAACACAUAGACAACAUUAAAACACAAGCAUAUAGUAUACAGUACUAUAGUAAAGUAUUAUUUAUUAUUGUAGAGAGAACAAUAUGAGACAAGCAGGUGCAUAUUCCGGGAUACUAUGUGGGGGCAUUUCUGGAAGAACAGGGCCACACUCUUUGCCAUUGGCAAGGAUCAAGAAGAUCAUGAAGAAAUCUGGUGAAGAUGUUAAGAUGAUUUCUGGUGAGGCACCUAUUGUUUUCUCAAAGGCUUGUGAGCUCUUCAUUGAGGAACUUACUAGAAGGUCUUGGAUCGUCGCCAUCCAUGGAAAGAGGAGAACCUUGCAUAAAGAUGACGUGGCAUCUGCCGUCGUCGCCACUGAUAUCUUUGACUUUUUGGUCACUUUGGUGUCUCAUAAUCAUGGAAGCGCUUUGAAUAAUGCCAAUAAUGAUGGUGCUGUUAUGGAAAUUCAGACAUUAGAGUAUUCUUAAGCUGUCUUUGAAAAUUAUGUGAUGAAAAUAUAAAUACAA